AUGGGCAACGAAUCGACACCCAACGGAUCAAUGAACCAUAACACCCCGUCAGGCGAUGUGCCCAAUACCACAGGAACACCACAGGCGCGGCCUGGAGGUGCCCCGGCCCGGAUGUAUCUCAACGAGAAGGUCGUACCAUACCUGCUAGAGGGAAUGAAAACCAUCACGAAGGAACAACCGCCGAAUCCCCUCCGCACGUUGGGUGAAUUUCUUAUUCAGAAGAGCAACGAAGUCGAGGGCGCGGCCGGAUCCAACAAAUCACCUGAAUAA